GAGAGUGGGGCGUUUGUCCUCAGGUGAACUUCUAUGAGAGAAGUCUGGAGCUGAUGAGACAGAGCAUGGAGGUGGAGCGUAAAGACAUCGCUCAGGUCUACAAGCUGGAGAUCAGUGAGCUGGAGGAGAACAAGGCUCAUGUGGAGCAGCAGGUGCAGCAGCUGAAGGACGAGCUGGACCGAGUUCAGAAGCAGCUCCACCAUGGAGGUGGAGGAGGAGGAGGGUGGAGCCACGAGCAGGAGCGCAGGAUGCAGCGGGAGAGGGCGGAGCUGGAGCAGAACUUUGCCCGGGAAAUCGGAAACCUGGUCCAGCGGCUGAGUGCGGAGAAAGAUCAGCUGGAGGCGGAGCUAAAGCUGAAGAUGGACCAGGAAGUGAUGGUGGUCAGGGAGGAGUAUGAGCAGCAACUCGCUCAGAUGAAGUGUCAUCACGCCGAGGGUCAGCGUCACCUCCUUCACCAGCUCCAUCAGGAGCGUCAGUGGCUGCAGGAGCAAAGAGGAUUCUGGGAGUCACGACUUGUCCAAUCAGAGCAGGAGAAACUGCGACACGAGAAAAGACGCAACGAAGAGCAGGACCUCCUUCUUGGUCAGUUCUCCUCAGAGAAGACGAGGCUGGAGGAGCAGGUGUACAGCUUACAGGACGCCGCUCAGAGCUCCGCCUUCCAUAUCAGCCAGUCAGAGGCCAGUCUGGAGGAGUGCAGGGGGCGCUGUGGUCAGUUAGAGGACGAUGUCAGAGCCUCACGUGGGCGGUGCCUGGAGCUGGAGGCUCAGCUGGAGGAGGCGUGUUCUCAGCUGGAGGAGAGCAUCGCCUUCCUGGAGUCUCACGAGAGUUUAAGUCGACGCCUGGAGGCAGAGAAGAGCGAGGUGGAGGCGGAGCUUCAGCUGGUGAAGGCCAGAGAGGGGGGGCUUGUGAGUCAGGUGAUGCAGCUGAAGGAGGAGCUUGGGAACAUCCAGGCCGCGUCCGACAGCCUCCUGCAGGACCGGGCGCUGGUGGCCGACAAAUGCAGCCGCCUCUCCGACGCCUUCGUCCAGCAGCAGGCUCAGCUCCAAGCCCGCGACCACACCGUCGGCGCCAUGAGGGCGGAGCUAGAGGAACUGCACCACGCCUCAAAGAGCAAAGCGGCCGAGCUGGACUCACUGAAGACAGACCGCACCAGACUGAUCCAGGAUCUGAAGGAGCAGGCGAUGGCGGUGGACAAGCUGCAGCUGCAGCUGGACAAGAGGAGGAGUGUCAAAGAGAGCCUGCAGGGGGCGCUGCAGCAGGAGUGGAGCAGGACGUCGCAGCUCUGCCACGGCGUGGAGGAGCAGGAGGAGGAGCUGUGUCGUCUGCGGCAGGAGAACGUGAGCUACGCCCGGCUCGCCGACCAGCUGUCCACGCAGAUCGUAGAGAUGGAGACGGAGAUCACGACGCUGCGGGAACAUCUGCGAGACGUGAGCGCGCAGCUCAACGACACCGCCGACCUCGUCCCGCAGCUCCGCACGCAGAUCAACGCCAACACCCGAGAGACGGAGCAGCUCCACGCCGACAAGGAGGCGGAGGCGGAGCGGCUGCGGCGGGCACUGCGAGACGCUCAGGACCAGCAGAGGGCGACGGAGGACAAGUUUGAAGAAGAGAAGAAGAAGAUGAGGCAGCAGCUGAUGGAGCUGGAGACGCUGGUCCUGGCCCUGGAGGAAGCCCCGCCCCCACAGAGACCACGCAGGACGCAGCUGGAGGAAGUUCGCGUGGAGAACAGCGCCCUCCAGGAGCAACUGAAGGUCCUGCAGCAGGAGGUCCAGAUCCUGGAGGACGAGGUUGACAAGAAGAGGAGCAAAGUGGACGAGCUGCAGAGAGAACACGAGCGCGGCCGAGAGGAGGAGGAGCGACUGCACAGGGAGAACUCCAGGUACAGAGAGGAAGUUCUGGAUCUAAGCGGUAGGAACCUGCAGCUGAGCAGCGACAAUGCCGAGCUGAGCGCCCGUCUCCAUGGAGACCAGGAGUCGCUGCGGCUGCUGCGGGAGCGCUUGGCAACUGUCUCCAAGGAGCAGGGGGAGGAGGGAGCCGAGGUGCGGCGGCUGCAGGCAGCGGUGACUCAGCAGGAGAGAGAGAAGCAGCAGGUGCAGGGGGCGUGGACACAGGAGCGCCACCUGCUGGAGGCGGAGCUGAGUUCCUGCAGGGAGAAGCUGAAGCGUGUUCCUGAGCUGGAGGCGGAGCUUAGCGGCGCCACGCUGAAGCUGCAGUGGUUGAACGAGGACAAGGUCAAAGUGCAGCGAGAGGCCGACGAUCGCAACCACCAGGUGGAGGCGCUGCAGCGCUCCAUUCUCGCGCUGGAGUCAGAGAACGAGCUGAUUCGCUCUCAGCUCCAUGCUGCCACGCGAGACAAACUCGGCCACGCCCAGGAAGUGACCGAGCUGCAGAGGAAGCUGGAGGACACUCGCAACAAGGUGGAGGAGCUGGAGGGGAGCGUGCGGACGCUGCUGCAGGAGAAGGAGGAGCUGUGUCGGGUCAUGGCGGUGCAGGAGGAGCGAGUGUCCGUCACGCUGCAAGAGGAGACGCACAGACUGAGUGUCCAGAACCAGGAGCUCCAUCACAAGCUGUCGGAGCUGCAGGUCAAAGGUCAGGAUGUGCAGAAACUGACCCAGGAGCAGAAGAGUCUGAAGAUGCAGCUGAGUGAGCUGGAGGCGGCGAGGACGCAGGCGGCGGACCAGGCGGCGCGGGCCGACGCCACCCUCAGUCUGGUGCAGGCGCAGCACACUCGUCAGAUGCAGGAGCUGCAGGAGCUGCAGGGGCGGGUCUACAGCAGAGGAGGAGGCAGCCACGAGCAGGAGCAGCUGGAGGGGCGGCUACUGGAGGAGCAGAGGCGGAGUCAGCAGCUGGAGGAGACACUGAAGCGUCAGAGUCAACAAAUCACCAUCAAGCAGGAUCAGUACGAGAAGACGGUGGCGUCGCUGCAGCAGAGGACGGACGGCGUGGAGCUGAAACUGAAGGCCGUGCAGACGGUUCUACAGGAGAAAGUCCAGCAGCUCAAAGAACAGCUGGCGAAGAACGCCAAGGUGAGCACUGUGAUGCAGGAAGUGUACGUGGAGAACAGUCAGCUGAUGAAGGCGCUGCAGGUCACAGAGCAGCGGCAGAAACACGCAGAGAAGAAGAACUUCCUGUUGGAGGAGAAAGUCGGCGCCCUCAACAGGCUGCUCAGAGACAUCGUCGCCGCAGCGCUCGCCACGUAGCUGUUCUACGCACGACACCUAGGGGGCACUGUUUGACACCUGUAACGGCGGCUGUAAGCUCCGCCUCCUGAAGCUGCUUCAGUGAGACUGUGGAGUGAAUUUCAGCCAAUGACAGAUCAUGUGACUUAGUUUUAUAAAGUUUUAAUGUUUACAUCAGUGUCAAAGUGUGACUGAGGUCAGGGGUCAGAGGUCGCGCUGCUUUAAUCACAUGAUCUGUUUCUGCCUGCUCACACCAAAGAUGUGAUGUCAUCGUCAGUAUUUCUUUUUUUUCUGUCAGGUACUUCCUGUUUUUGAUCAUGUGACCAGAAAUAAAACGUUUUAUCUAAAUGUC